AUGAUGAAAUAUCUUUCGGCAGCAAGUGUUCUUCUAAAUGUUAUCGCAUUUGCGAACGCAGCAUCCAUUUAUGAUGAGAUUGAACAUAAUGAAGAUGUCAACAGAAAGUUUAGUUUAGAUCUACAGAGUGUAGUCGAACUCACUACAGAUAUCAAGUUUAGAGCCCCAAAUGAUGUUAAUCACUACUACUUUGUUGUGCCACGUGAUUUAGAGUAUAAUUAGAUCAGCAUUCAAGGUACAGUCGCCGGUAAUGCAGAUCCCUUAAAGAUCACUAAACUUGUUAACCCUGAAGCCAGAUUAUUAAAGAGAUUCACAGAUUAGAAUGCAUCUGAUGCUGUCUUCUUUGAUAUCGAACUUCCAAAGGGAGCAUUCUAGGCAUUCACAAUUAAAGAAUUAUACAAGAGAAGAAAAUAACCAUUCCCAUCUACAAUUAAAAUCUAAGAUGAACAAAUGCUCUUAUUUACUGACUCAAAAUACUAUCUCUCAGUUUACCCAACAAAGUCAUAAAAGUUACAAUUCGCUUAUGAAGCAAGCAAUACAGUCUUCUAUACCCCCGAUACAACAGCCGAGAAGAAAUCAAAGCUCUUGAGAUAUGGACCAUUCAAGGACAUUGCAAAAUUCUCAUUUGAAUAAGUAAUGGUUCAUUAUAAAUACCCAGGACCUCUCCCAAUUUUCACUGAAGUAAAAAAGACAAUUGAGAUUUCUCACUGGGGAAAUAUUUUAGUCGAUGAAUAUUACGAUUUAUUUAAUGAGGCAGCUGGUAUCAAUGGAGAAUUCGGAAGAGUUGAUUACCAACACUGGAACCCUAAUGUAGCACCUUAUGCUAUAAAGAGUCUAGAGACUGGUUUAGACAGAUAUAUCAGAGGACUUUAUUACUGGGAUUAUAUUGGUAACAUUUCAACUUCAAAUGCUCACAGAGAUCUUGAAAAAGUUAAGUUCAGAAUCGAACCCAGAUUCCCCAUUUUCGGUUAAUGGAAAACUGACUGGAGCCAAGGUUACAGUACUCCAACUAGAUAUCAUUUAUUCCAAGAAGCUCAGCAAAAUUCAAGAUAUAUUUUCAACUAUACCUUUAUUCAAGACUUCAAUGAAUUCCUAGCUGAAAACUAUACUAUCAAAGUUAUCCUCCCAGAGGGAGCAACUAAUAUUAAGUUCCAUUCAGCAUUCUCUGUUGAUUAGAUAGAAACUGGAUUACAUUUCUCAACCUUAGACUAUAUUGGUAGACCAUCAAUCACUAUUAAAAAGGAUAAUGUUCAUAAACUCCUCCAUAACGAAGCUUUCCAGGUAACUUAUGAUUUCUAAAAUGCAGGUAUUUUCAUUGAACCAAUUUAUGUCAUCGCCUUCUUCUUUGUGUGCUUCCUUACAGCCAUUCUUUACGGUAGAAUUAACUUAAGUCUUGAUGAGAAAAAGAAACAAUGA